GAGCCUCCUAGCCGCCAUGGCGGCUCCGCUGGGAGGCAUGUUCUCCGGGCAGCCACCCGGACCCCCGCCACCCCCGCCGGGCCUCUUGGCUCAGGCUUCGCUUCUUCAGGCCACACCAGGCGUUCCGAGGACUUCUAACAGUACCUUGGUGGACGAGUUGGAGUCAUCGUUCGAGGCUUGUUUUGCUUCUCUGGUGAGUCAGGAUUAUGUCAAUGGUACAGAUCAGGAAGAAAUUCGAACUGGUGUUGAUCAGUGUAUCCAGAAAUUUCUAGAUAUUGCGAGACAGACAGAAUGUUUUUUCCUACAAAAAAGAUUGCAGUUAUCUGUCCAGAAACCAGAGCAAGUUAUCAAAGAGGAUGUCUCGGAACUGAGGAACGAAUUACAGCGAAAGGAUGCUCUGGUGCAGAAGCACUUAACAAAACUGAGACAUUGGCAGCAGGUGCUGGAGGACAUCAACAUGCAGCACAAAAAGCCAGCCGACAUCCCUCAGGGUUCCCUGGCCUACCUCGAGCAGGCAUCUGCAAAUAUCCCUGCACCGAUAAAGCAAACCUGAGGAAAAGCCACCUGAACAUGAGCUGGUGGCUGAGUCAGCCCAGACACAGUUUUGCCAAACAUCACUUCUUGUAGACAUGACAUUUUGGGAGAACUCUUUGACAGAGGGUG